AUGCCACCUUUCAAGCCACGUCAUGUGUCAGCAGGGACAGAUACUAUCCAAAGUUUUGGGGGGAUUCUCACCACUGAAUUCCUGGAGCCUCCACCCGGUAGAGGGUUCUGUUUCCGCCAGACUUACCGAGCGAAUCUGGACGGUCCUGUUGAUGAGAAAAUCCAGCGAGUCAUUGACAGCAAUGCCAAACCAUCCGGACCUCCGCCGCAUCUUCACCGGUAUCAGACCGAAUACUUCAAGGUAGAACAGGGUCUAAUGGGGGUGAACAUUAAUGGAACCAUCUACAAGAAAACGCCAGCAGAUCCGGAGUUCAGUGUACCAGCCAACGAAUUCCACGGCUUUUUUCGUCAUCCAGACGGCGAAGGACCCAUGACUGUAGUGCUGAGUGCCUCGGACUCCGGGCGGGAGGAGAAGCUGGACAGGGUCUUCUUUGAAAACUGGUAUGGCUACUGGCAUGAUGCGACGAUUCAUCACGGAGGGAUGAACUACAUCCAGUGGUUGCAGAUCUACGACGCUGGCGACGCAUACCCGUAUAUGCCUACCUGGAUCCCCUUUCGCAAAACCGUCGCGUACUGCUGGGGGGUUGCCGUAGGCAGAUGGCUCGGAGGAAUGCUCGGUUAUUGCCCUUUCUUCGCGGAAUAUACGACCGACUGGGAUCAAGCUGUAGCCAAAAUGGAGACUCACUUCUGGCAACGACGACGAUUGCGGCGUGAGGGGCUUCUCGGAAAGGGUAAGGAUCUUAGGGCUAGUGUUAGUAGUACUGAGGGGGGUUAUUAG